UCUGUCUCUCUCUCACAGUCGGUCCGGUUUUAAAUACGGUUCACGCAUUGAACAUUUGAUUUGACUGACUGCUUAGUGAUUUUCAUUUCAUUAUUAAACUGUAUUUUCUUCUGUGAGGUGUAGUGUAGUGCAUAAAAAAUGAUGUCUUCAAAGAAUCUAAUGUUUAACAGAUCCAGCCGAGAGCUUCUGAAAAAUAUUAGAAGACAGAUCAGUAAAACAUCUAGCGCUCCAAAUAGCGAUGCUAUAUCCAGACAGGACCAUAAACUCGGGGUGAAAAAUCUUGAUUUAAACGGCUCUGAACAAAAGUCUGCCCAUGAAAAAUGGUUUGUCCACAGCAAACACAACAAUAUAAGAGCUCUAUCAACGAUUCAAACAAAAGCGAAGCCGUCAGUAAACAACACCCCAAUGUUCUCAAAAGAGGAAAGCAGGGAAUUCAUGGCGAUAUUUCCAGAUAUAGUACGCGAUUUAACGGAUGCUGGAAGGCACACGGACAUUCCCGAAGUAACUAAAAGGUUCGCUAAAGUGCUACAGUAUAACGUACCCACCGGAAAAAAGACCAGAGGAUUAUCCACUGUAAUCGCCUACAAGAUGCUGGAGCGACCGGAAAAUCUCACUCCUGAAAAUAUUAGGCUGGCCAAUAUUUUGGGAUGGUGUGUAGAGUUGCUUAGGGCAUGUGGUCAAGUAUUAGACGAUAUGAUAGAUAGAUCCGAAAUUAGACAUAACGAGCUUUGCUGGUACAAAAACGAUCAGAUAGGUUUCACGGCUAUAGCUGACAGUACCAUGAUGGAAAACAGCGUAUAUGCAAUUUUGAGAAAGUAUUUUUCUGAUCAUCCCUUAUAUGUGCCGUUACUAGAACUUUUCCAAGAUAUCACAAUAAGAAGUGCCUUGGGUAAAUCUCUCGAAGCAGAGAUUACUCAUGGCAAUCGACACGAUCUAUCGAAAAUGACCAUGACGAAUUUUUCUUUGAUAUCCAAAUAUAGAACCGGAUACUUUAAUCUGCAAUUGCCAGUAGCGUCCGCCAUGUAUCUGGCAAAAAUGGGCGAUCCAGAGCAACACAGACAAGCCAGGACUAUUCUUCUCGAAAUGGGCCACUACUUUCAAGUUCAGAAAGACUUUAUGAAUUGUUUUGGAAAACGUGGAUUCACUGACAAAAUUGGUUCAGACAUUGAAGAAGGAAAGUGCUCAUGGCUGGCUGUAGUUGCUCUCCAACGAGUCAACAACGCUCAACGGGAAAUAAUGGAAAAGUAUUACGGUAAAGAGGGAGACGAAGCCAUUGAAGCUGUCAAAAAUAUAGGCCAGCCCUGCUGGCAUCGAAAUGAAGACGUUGGUCUAGUAGCGAUUAACGACGGAAUAUUAUUAGAAAAUAGUAUUUAUUCAGUUCUUAGAAGGUAUUUCUCGAAUCGUACUUGUUACGUACCGAUUAUAGAACUUUUCCACGACGUAACUUUAAAAACUUCAAUGGGACAAUCCCUUGACUGUCUUUGUCUACAAGACGGAAAGCCAAGAUUGGAUCAGUUCACCAUGAAGAGAUAUAAUUCAAUAGUCAAAUACAAAACUUCUUAUUACAGUUUCCAGUUGCCCGUUGCUUUAGGAAUGUAUUUGGCGAAUAUGUUUGAUGAGGAACAACACAGGCAAGCAAAGACGAUAUUAUUAGAGAUCGGGGAGUUUUUCCAAAUUCAGGAUGACUUUCUGGAUGUAUUUGGAGAUCCAGCAGUAACUGGCAAAAUUGGAACAGAUAUCCAAGAUGGAAAGUGUAGCUGGUUAGCCGUGGUAGCUUUACAACGAGCUACAUCAGCUCAAAGAAAGAUUAUGGAAGACCAUUACGGACGUAAUGAGGAAGAGUCCAUUAAGAUUAUUAAAAACCUAUACGAAGAAUUAAAUUUGCCAUCGACAUACGCAGUCUACGAAGAAGAAAGCUUUAAUAUUAUUCGAACACACAUUCACCAAAUCUCGAAGGGAUUGCCGCAUGAUUUAUUCUUUAAAAUUGUAAAAAAGAUUUACAAGAGAGAUUGCUAGGAGUGUGUAAUCUGUAUAAAAAGUAUGAAGAUAGUUAUUGUCAGUUAAAAUCUGUUACGAAAAUAAUUAGUUACAUGUAUUUCUUGUAAGUCUUAAACUGAAUAUACAGAACGAACUCGAAGAAUUACCAUGAUUCGGGUAUUUUCGGGUAGUUCAUUAAUGGGUGCAUGCCCAUUUAAUCGUUGUAAUAUGAUUUUACAUAUAUUUUUGCAUUGCUGCUAUUUAUGGAUAUCGUUUUCUCUAAUUAAAAUUU